CACAACUCGGCCUGUCAUGCUCUGCCAUACAGUUUUCUAGUAAUACCCGAUGGAGACACAGACCCAUAAGCCUCAUCGGCCAGCCCAGUCUGGCUCAAAGGCUGAAAAAAAAGGCAAGGGAAAGCAAAAAACGGGUUUCAAUGAAAAGGCAUUUGCACCAAAAUCUGGUCGACGUGCUGAUCGUCAGGCCCGGCGAAAUGUCGAGCGUGAUGAAGCUCGUCUUCAUGUUCCUCUUGUAAACCGAACACCUGAUGACGAACCCCCGCCCGUCAUCAUCGCAAUCGUUGGCCCUGCAGGUGUAGGCAAGACCACUCUACUCAAAAGUCUCGUAAGGAGAUACUCGAAGCAGACAUUGUCCGAGGCCAAGGGUCCAAUCACCGUGGUAGCUGCUAAGAAAAGGAGACUCACAUUUAUCGAGUGUAAUAGCGACCUCAAUUCUAUGAUCGACAUCGGCAAGGUUGCGGAUCUCGUUCUCCUGAUGAUUGACGGCUCCUAUGGCUUUGAAAUGGAAACCUUUGAAUUCCUUAAUAUCCUCCAGGCUCAUGGGUUUCCAAAAGUCAUCGGUAUCCUCAGUCAUCUCGACCUCAUUAAAAAACAAGCCACCCUCAGGGCUACCAAAAAGUUGCUCAAAAAACGCUUCUGGAAUGAGAUAUACCAAGGCGCAAAGCUUUUCUAUCUCUCUGGUGUUCUCAAUGGUCGCUAUCCGGACACUGAGAUCCUCAAUCUUUCCCGUUUCAUCAGCGUCAUGAAGUUCCGGCCUCUGAUCUUCAGAAACACUCACCCAUAUCUCCUUGCGGACAGAAUAGAAGACUUGACGCCGCGCGAGGAAGUGAGAACAUCAAAAGGCCGUUGCGAUCGCAUUGUAACGCUGUAUGGUUAUCUGCGGGGAACGAAUCUGCGGCAAAGCACCAAGGUGCAUAUUCCUGGUGUAGGCGAUAUGGACAUCAAAACCGUGACGAUGCUCGGCGACCCUUGUCCCUUGCCAGACGCAGAUUCCGAGAAGCGGAGAAAGUUGAGCGAAAAGAAGAAACUCCUUGUGCAUGCACCCAUGAGCGAUGUUGGUGGCGUUAUGUACGACAAGGACGCUGUGUGGAUCAAUGUUCCCGGUAACUUUACAAGAGGGGCCACUGAUGUUCCCCAGGGUGAGGGUGAGAGAAUGGUCAUCGACCUACAAGACGUCGACGAGACGCUUGAAGACACGGUUGCCCGGAGCAAAAUCCGCCUUUUUGGGUCUUCGUCGAACCCACUGACUGUCGAUGUCCAACAUUAUGACGGAGAAAGCAGCGGCGACUCUGAUGAUGAUGAUGAGGACGCUUCAGAGGGCGGCAGUGAGUUUGAGGAGGGAGAGGAGGUAUUCUCAGAAGAUGAACAGGACGACGAAGGGAGUGACGAAGAGGACGAGCGGCCUCGCGUGGACCCUUCAAAAGGAGAUACGGGCCGUCACGCAGCACGCACGAUCGUGCGCUCGACCCAUGGUUUUCCCAGCAAGGAGAAAGACUCGGGAGAUAUUGCUUUUGCUGAUUCUGACUCCGAGCUUGGGUUGUCUGAUGAUGAAGGACCUGUCAGAGCAGGUGAAGUCAUGUAUGCCGCUGAUGAAAAGGAGAUUCCAAGCGAUGUCGACGAAGAGUCCAACGGAGAAGACGAGGAUGACGCGCCAGCGUGGAAAUCUGGACUUGCUGCGAAAGCAACCGCUGCCUUCAAUGAGCUCAACCGUCGGAAACAGCGUAAAGACUGGAUGGCAAUGAUUUAUUCCAGUUCGCUCAGUCCGGAAGAGAUUGUUGGUGGCACCGACACAACUGGGGUUGAAUCGGACGAAAUAGAUGACGACUUCUUCCGGGUGAACUCCUCUGGUGCGGCGAACGAAGAUGACUUGGACAUGACAAAAGAGGUGCUAUCUCCUGCUGCGUUGAGGGAGUGGGAGGAUGAGGAAGUCCUGGAUUCUCUAAGGACGCUGUUUAUCACAGGCGAUCAUGACAGCGGUGAGGCAGACCAGGACACGAACGUCCACGAAAACUUGGAAGGCAGUAACUUCGUUGAUCAAGAAGCUGGGAAAGCUCAGUCUGCUCCCGCUGAGUUCGAGGGCAUUGACACUGAGACUCGUGCCCUCGUCGCAGGCUACCGGCCUGGAUCAUAUGUGCGCAUAGAACUCGCUUCAGUCCCUUGCGAAUUCAUUGAACAUUUCGACCCACGCUACCCUAUCAUCGUCGGUGGACUGUUAGCUGCAGAAGAGCGCAUGGGGUACCUUCAAGUCCGCAUCAAGCGCCACCGCUGGUUCGCACGCACGUUGAAGACGAACGACCCUCUUAUCUUUUCCCUUGGCUGGAGGCGCUUCCAGAGUGUCCCCAUAUAUUCACUCGACGACCAUUCCAUCAGGAUGCGCAUGUUGAAAUAUACGCCAGAGCACAUGCAUUGCUUCGCGUCGUUCUAUGGCCCAGUUGCGCUCCCGAACACAGGUUUUUGUGCAUUCAAUGCGCUGUCAGGUGAGAGUGUUGCAUUCAGAGUAAGCGCAACUGGCGUAGUCCUGGACAUCGACCGGUCGACAAAAAUCGUAAAGAAGUUGAAGCUUACGGGCGUGCCAUUCAAAAUUUUCAAGAAUACAGCAUUCAUCAGGGACAUGUUUACUAGCGCUCUGGAGGUGGCAAAGUUUGAGGGUGCAAGCAUCCGAACGGUGUCUGGCAUCAGGGGUCAGGUGAAGAAAGCGCUGAACAAGCCAGAGGGUGCCUUCCGUGCGACAUUUGAGGACAAAGUGCUGAUGAGCGAUAUCGUCUUCCUAAGAGCAUGGUAUUCGAUACAGCCUCGCAGAUUCUACAACCCUGUCACGUCCCUCCUUCUGUCCGACAAGUCACGCUGGUCUGGCAUGCGCUUAACAGGUCAGAUCCGACGAGAUGAAGGACUGAAAACCCCGCUGGCUGUCAACUCCACCUACAAGCCGAUAGACCGCCCUGCCCGACGAUUCAACACGCUCAAAGUCCCGAAGAAGCUGCAAGCUACACUUCCGUACGCCUCAAAACCCAAACUUAUGAAGCCUCAGAGCAAGCAAACCUACAUGCAAAAGCGCGCUGUCGUACUAGAGCCUGAGGAGAAGAAAGCAAUUGCACUACUUCAACAGAUCAGGGCACUACGUAAAGAUCAAGUAGCACGGCGUCGCGAAAAGCAACAAGAACGCAAAGAGACGCAUCGCAAGAAGGUUGCGAAGGACGAGGCGAAAGACACAGAAAAGGAGAAGGAGAAGAAGAAGGUGUAUAUGAGAGCUGCAGGGAUGAAGAGCAAGAGGGAAGCCGAUAUAGAGGAAGGGAGAUCAAGGAAACGAAGAAAGACUAGUAGUAGUACUUGAUAUCUAAGCGAUGUGCUUAAAGUAGUGAUUACGUCAUGAUACACUAUUUGAGCGCGUUUGACGCGCUGUGACCGUGACCGG